GGCCCCGGGUUAUUCUUGGGCCUCGGAGAGAGCCUCCGGGCAGCCUUGAGCUCGACCCUUGAGCUUUGCAGGAACCCUCGGGGUGGGCUAGGGUUGAAAGGGGCCCUAGAGGCCACGUGGGGGCGCUUGUAGGGGCUUUGGGCCACCUUCCUCUCUGGGUCAUAGGUCAUCGCAGCGCGGGGGAGAACUUCUUCCUUGUCGCCUCUUCUUACUUCCUGAUAACCUGAUAGAAGUCCCCCGCGGGUAGUGGGGGAGGGGGGACACAAGUAACUUCAGGCAACUUCUCAUAGGUGUGCGCAGGUUGAGGCGCCGGGGUGGAGGGGCGCCCCGGGAGGUCGCAGGAGGUGGUGGGCUCUGCGGCAGCUGGAGUGUAAGAAUGAACCGUGCAGGCCUGGGGUGCAAAAGAGGUGGAGCCGCGCCCUACACGGCGUGGCUGGACUGGGCUUGCUAAGGCAAGAGGGGGUGGCGUAUCAGAGGUGAGAGGUUCUCGAAGAGUGUGAUCGUAAGACUUGAGUGUGAGUUUGCUUAUUGAGUGUGCCCUUUUGCUGGGAGUGUGUGAGAACUGGGACUGGUUAAAGGCCAUGUGUGCAUGUGAAGAUCCUCAGGAGAGAGUGAGCAUGUGUGGACAGGUGGAAACUCCUGAGAGAGUGGCUAAACACCCCUCCGCCGUGUUCCUAAGUGUGCUCUAGAAUACUCAGUACCUAAAUGGAGCCCUCCGAGCAUCUGGAGAAAACUCGGAAGAGGUGACCAGCAUCAUGUCCAGCCAGGUGGUGGGCAUCGAGCCUCUCUACAUCAAGGCAGAGCCAGCCAGCCCUGACAGUCCAAAGGGUUCCUCAGAGACUGAGACUGAACCCCCUGUGACCCUGGCCCCGGGACCAGCUCCAGCCCGCUGCCUUCCAGGGCACAAGGAGGAGGAGGAUGGGGAGGGUGCAGGGUCUGGUGAGCAGGGCAGUGGGAAGCUAGUGCUCAGCUCUCUACCCAAACGCCUCUGCCUGGUCUGUGGGGAUGUGGCCUCCGGCUACCACUAUGGUGUGGCAUCGUGUGAGGCCUGCAAAGCCUUCUUCAAGAGGACCAUCCAGGGGAGCAUCGAGUACAGCUGUCCGGCCUCCAAUGAGUGUGAGAUCACCAAGCGGAGACGCAAGGCCUGUCAGGCUUGCCGCUUCACCAAGUGCCUGCGGGUGGGCAUGCUCAAGGAGGGCGUACGUCUGGACCGCGUCCGAGGUGGGCGACAGAAGUACAAGCGGCGGCCAGAGGUGGACCCAUUACCCUUUCCAGGCCCCUUCCCUGCUGGUCCUCUGGCAGUAGCUGGAGGUCCCCGGAAGACAGCCCCAGUGAAUGCUCUGGUGUCUCAUCUGCUGGUGGUUGAGCCUGAGAAGCUGUAUGCUAUGCCUGAUCCAGCCAGCCCUGAUGGACACCUCCCUGCCGUGGCCACACUCUGCGACCUUUUUGAUCGAGAGAUAGUGGUUACCAUCAGCUGGGCCAAGAGCAUCCCAGGCUUCUCCUCACUGUCACUGUCUGACCAGAUGUCAGUACUCCAGAGUGUGUGGAUGGAGGUGCUGGUGCUAGGUGUGGCCCAGCGCUCACUACCACUGCAGGAUGAACUGGCAUUUGCUGAGGACCUGGUCCUGGAUGAAGAGGGGGCCCGGGCAGCUGGUCUGGGGGAUCUGGGGGCAGCCCUGCUGCAGCUGGUACGGCGACUGCAAGCCCUACGGCUGGAGCGGGAGGAGUAUGUACUGUUGAAGGCUCUGGCCCUUGCCAAUUCUGACUCUGUGCAUAUUGAAGACGCUGAGGCUGUGGAGCAGCUGCGGGAAGCCCUGCACGAGGCCCUGCUGGAGUAUGAAGCUGGCCGGGCUGGCCCUGGAGGGGGUGCUGAGCGGAGGCGGGCAGGCAGGCUGCUGCUCACACUGCCACUGCUCCGCCAGACAGCAGGCAAAGUCCUGGCCCAUUUCUAUGGGGUGAAGCUGGAGGGCAAAGUGCCCAUGCACAAGCUGUUUUUGGAAAUGCUUGAGGCCAUGAUGGACUGAGGCAAGGGGUAGGACAGGGUGGGGUGACUGGCAGGAUCUGCCCAGCAUGGGGUGUUAGCCCCAAGGGGGCAAAGCUGGAGUCUGGGCAGUGCCACAGCCUGCUGGCAGGGCCAGGGCAAUGCCAUCCGCCCCUGGGAGCAGGCUUCAUGCCCUCCCCUCCCCCCUCUAGGGGGGUGUCAGAAGCCAGGAAAGUGAAUGCCCAGGUGUGGGCACAGUGCUGCCCCUUGCAAGCCAUAAUGUGCCCCCAAGAGUGUAGGGGGCCUUGCGGAAGCCAUAGGGGGCUGCAGGGGAUGUGUGGGAGGCAGAAACUGAUCUCAGGGAGGGAAGGGGAUGGAGGCCACAGUCUCCCAGUGGGCGAUGCUUUUGCUGCUGCUUAAUCCGAACCCCUCUCCAGAGCAGAGGGGGGCUUGGAAAGCAAAGGCCCCUGUCCCCUUCGCUCCUCUCCUCAUUCGCAUUGGGCAUUAGUGCCCCCCCUUGAAGCAAUAACUCCAAGCAGGCUCCAGCCCCUGGACCCCUGGGGUGACCAGGGCCCCCCAUCAGCUCCCACCUCGAGGGGUGGGGAACAGCACUGCCUCUAUGCCCUGCAGAGCAAUAACACUAUAUUUAUUUUUGGGUUUGGCCAGGGAGGCGCAGGGCCAUGGGGCAAGCCAGGGCCCAGAGCCCUUGGCUGUACAGAGACUCUAUUUUAAUGUAUAUUUGCUGCAAAGAGAAACCGCUUUUGGUUUUGAACCUUUAAUGAGAAAAAAAAUAUACUAUGGAGCUCAAGUA